AUGGGCAUCUCCGGCUUGUUGCCGGCGCUCCAUGGGGCGACUACUGCAAUCCACGUCUCUGAGCUUACUGGGAGCGUUGUUGGAGUCGAUGGAGCAAGUUGGCUCUUCCGCGGCGGCUACAUCUGCGCACACGAGCUCUGCACAGGCAGGCCGACCCGGCGGUUUGCCGACUACGUCCUCGACGCAGCGCAGACACUGGUGGAUGCAGGACUCACACCUGUGGUUGUCUUUGACGGCGCUGUGGUUCCGGUCAAGGCCGAGCUCGAGGCCGUGCGGUGCGCAUCGAGGGCGAGCCAGGUUGCCGAAGGCCUCGCCCAACUGGCUGGAGGCAACAAGUGUGGCUACCGCAAGCUCAUGGCCGGCUUCCCAGUCUCAUGCGAGAUGGCGGCGGCGGCAAAGCAGGUGCUGGAUGCAGCUGGUAUCGCCUGCAUGUUUGCACCGUACGAGGCCGAUGCCCAGCUCGCUGCCCUCUUCCACGCCGGUGUCAUCUCGGCUGUCGUCACCGACGACUCGGACAUGCUCGCCUACGGCGUCGAUCGCGUACUGGUCAAGUUCAACAAGGACUCUGGCCGUGCGCACAUGAUCCGGCUGGCCCAUCUCGCUCGCUCGACCAGCCUCGAUUUGGUCGGCUUUGAUGGUGACAUGUUCUUGCACAUGUGCAUCCUCGCCGGCUGCGACUACGGGCCCUCGCUCCGUGGCACAGGUCUCAAGCGCGCACAUGCUCUUGUCAAGCACGCGCCGACGCUUGCUACGCUGUUGAACGUUCUCGCGGCGACUGACACCGUACCACGCUCCUACCUCACGGCCUUUCUUGCUGCCCGGCUCACCUUUCGCCAUCAGACCGUGUUUGAUCCCGCAAGCCACGAGGCGAGGCCGCUCUUCCCGCUCGAUUUGGCGUCCAUCCCUCCACUGCCACACGACGCCCCGCCGCUGCCAGCCGAUCUGCAUGCGGCCCUCUCGCCCGCGCCAUCGCCGCCGGGCACCUGCAUCCAGCCACGUUGA